AUGACCAGCCUGAAACGGUCACAGACAGAGAGGCCGGUUGCCACUGAGAGGGCGUCCAUUGUGGGCGCAGAUGGCACCCCCAAAGUCCACACAGACGACUUCUACAUGCGACGUUUCAGGUCCCAAAACGGCAGCUUAGGGUCAUCUGUCAUGGCUCCUGUAGGGCCCCCCCGAAGUGAAGGUUCUCACCAUAUAACUUCGACCCCUGGAGUCCCAAAGAUGGGGGUUCGGGCAAGGAUUGCGGAUUGGCCCCCCAGAAAGGAAAACGUAAAAGAAUCUAGCCGUUCAAGCCAGGAAAUAGAAACCUCAAGUUGCCUUGAGAGCCUGUCCUCCAAAAGCAGUCCUGUGAGUCAGGGAAGUUCUGUAAGCCUCAAUUCCAGUGACUCAGCCAUGUUAAAAAGCAUACAGAACACGCUGAAGAGCAAGACGCGGCCGGCGGAGAGCAUGGACUCCAGGUUUCUCAUGCCCGAAGCCUACCCCAGCUCCCCCAGGAAGGCGCUGCGCCGCAUCCGGCAGCGCAGCAACAGCGACAUCACCAUAAGUGAACUUGAUGUGGAUAGCUUCGAUGAAUGUAUCUCGCCCACCUACAAGACGGGCCCAUCGCUGCACAGGGAAUACGGUAGCACAUCCUCAAUCGAUAAGCAGGGAACGUCCGGAGAAAGCUUCUUUGACUUGUUAAAGGGCUACAAAGAGGACAAGUCUGAUCGAGGUCCCACUCCGACGAAGCUCAGUGACUUUCUCAUCGCCGGUGGGGGCAAGGGUUCUGGUUUCUCCUUGGAUGUGAUAGACGGGCCCAUCUCACAGAGAGAGAACCUCAGGCUCUUUAAGGAAAGGGAAAAACCACUCAAGCGGCGCUCCAAGUCGGAAACCGGAGACUCCUCCAUUUUUCGUAAAUUACGCAAUGCCAAAGGUGAGGAACUUGGGAAGUCGUCGGAUCUUGAAGAUAACCGAUCAGAAGACUCUGUCAGGCCCUGGACAUGCCCGAAGUGCUUUGCCCACUAUGAUGUCCAGAGUAUCUUAUUUGACUUGAACGAGGCGAUUAUGAACAGGCACAAUGUAAUUAAGAGGAGAAACACCACCACAGGGGCCUCCGCAGCUGCAGUGGCAUCCUUGGUCUCAGGGCCUUUGUCGCACUCCGCCAGCUUCAGCUCCCCAAUGGGCAGCACGGAGGACCUGAAUUCCAAAGGAAGCCUCAGCAUGGACCAGGGAGAUGAUAAAAGCAAUGAACUGGUGAUGAGCUGUCCGUAUUUUCGGAAUGAGAUUGGCGGAGAAGGGGAAAGGAAGAUCAGCCUGUCCAAAUCAAAUUCCGGUUCGUUUAGUGGAUGUGAAAGUGCCUCCUUUGAGUCUACACUCAGCUCCCAUUGUACAAACGCAGGCGUGGCAGUACUCGAAGUGCCCAAGGAGAACUUGGUGUUACACCUGGAUCGGGUGAAAAGAUACAUCGUGGAACACGUGGAUCUCGGCGCCUACUAUUACAGGAAAUUCUUCUAUCAGAAGGAACACUGGAACUAUUUUGGGGCUGAUGAGAAUCUUGGUCCAGUGGCUGUGAGCAUUCGAAGGGAAAAACCAGAAGAAACGAAAGAAAAUGGAUCUCCCUACAACUAUCGAAUAAUUUUUAGAACUAGUGAGCUCAUGACACUGAGAGGGUCAGUGCUGGAGGAUGCCAUUCCCUCAACGGCAAAGCACUCAACGGCUCGGGGGCUCCCCCUGAAGGAGGUGCUGGAGCACGUGAUUCCUGAGCUCAACGUUCAGUGCCUGCGGUUGGCCUUCAACACCCCCAAAGUCACAGAACAACUCAUGAAACUGGAUGAGCAGGGGCUGAACUAUCAGCAGAAAGUAGGCAUCAUGUACUGCAAAGCUGGACAGAGCACGGAAGAAGAGAUGUACAACAAUGAAUCGGCCGGCCCAGCCUUUGAGGAAUUCCUCCAGCUGUUGGGAGAACGCGUUCGGCUCAAAGGAUUUGAGAAGUAUCGUGCGCAGCUUGACACCAAAACUGACUCCACUGGAACCCAUUCUCUGUACACAACAUACAAAGACUAUGAGAUCAUGUUCCAUGUUUCUACCAUGCUGCCAUACACACCUAACAACAAGCAACAGCUCCUACGGAAGCGGCACAUUGGAAAUGACAUUGUAACAAUUGUUUUCCAAGAGCCCGGAGCACAGCCAUUCAGCCCGAAAAACAUACGAUCCCACUUUCAGCAUGUUUUCGUCAUUGUCAGGGUUCACAACCCCUGCACUGACAGUGUCUGUUACAGUGUGGCUGUCACCAGGUCCAGAGACGUGCCUUCUUUUGGACCUCCCAUCCCCAAAGGGGUCACCUUCCCUAAGUCAAAUGUGUUCAGGGACUUCCUUUUGGCCAAAGUGAUUAAUGCGGAAAACGCCGCUCAUAAGUCGGAGAAGUUCCGGGCCAUGGCAACCCGGACCCGCCAGGAGUACCUGAAAGACCUGGCAGAGAAGAAUGUCACCAACACCCCUAUUGACCCAUCCGGCAAGUUUCCGUUCAUUUCUCUGGCCUCCAAGAAGAAGGAAAAGUCUAAGCCCUACCCAGGAGCUGAGCUCAGCAGCAUGGGGGCCAUUGUGUGGGCCGUCCGGGCCAGAGACUACAGCAAGGCCAUGGAGAUCGACUGCCUCCUCGGGGUCUCCAAUGAGCUCGUCGUCCUCAUCGAACAGGAAACAAAGAGUGUGGUUUUCAACUGUUCCUGCAGAGAUGUGAUAGGGUGGACUUCAACCGACGCCAGCCUCAAAGUCUUCUACGAGAGAGGCGAGUGUGUGUCCGUGGAGAGUUUCGUUAGCAAUGAUGACAUCAAAGAGAUUGUCAGAAGGCUUCAGUUCGUGUCAAAAGGCUGUGAAUCGGUAGAGAUGACUCUGCGAAGGAAUGGGCUGGGACAGCUCGGCUUCCAUGUCAACUACGAGGGCAUCGUGGCAGAUGUGGAGCCCUACGGCUAUGCCUGGCAGGCAGGGCUGAGGCAGGGCAGCCGGCUGGUAGAGAUCUGCAAGGUGGCCGUGGCCACUCUGAGCCACGAGCAGAUGAUCGACCUCCUGAGAACAUCGGUCACAGUGAAGGUCGUCAUCAUCCCCCCACAUGACGACUGCACCCCACGGAGGAGUUGCUCUGAGACCUACCGCAUGCCAGUGAUGGAGUACAAAAUGAACGAAGGGGUUUCCUAUGAAUUCAAGUUUCCCUUUCGAAAUAACAACAAGUGGCAGAGGAAUGCCAACAAGGGGCCGCAUUCACCUCAAGUCCCGUCCCAGGUGCAGAGUCCCAUGACCUCAAGGCUGAACACCGGGAAGGCGGAUGGGAAGAUGCCUCCUCCAGAAAGAGCCGCCAACAUCCCCCGCAGCAUCUCUAGCGAUGGGCGCCCGCUGGAGAGGCGGCUGUCUCCUGGUUCGGACAUCUAUGUGACGGUCUCGUCCAUGGCUUUAGCAAGAUCCCAGCCAUGUCGCAACUCCCCGAGCAGUCUGUCUACAUCCAGCGAGACUGGCUCUGGAGGGGGCACCUACAGGCAGAAGUCCAUGCCCGAAGGGUUUGGAAUCAGCCGCAGAUCCCCCGCCUCCAUCGACAGGCAGAACACCCAGUCAGACAUUGGUGGCAGCGGGAAAUCCACACCCAGCUGGCAAAGAAGUGAAGACAGCAUCGCUGACCAGAUGGAGCCGACCUGCCACCUCCCAGCAGUAUCCAAGGUACUGCCAGCUUUCCGAGAGAGCCCCAGCGGGAGAUUAAUGCGUCAGGAUCCGGUGGUUCAUUUGUCUCCAAACAAACAAGGGCACUCCGACAGCCACUACUCCAGCCACUCCAGCAGCAACACCCUGUCCAGCAACGCGUCGAGCGCCCACAGCGACGAGAAGUGGUACGACGGGGACCGCGCCGAGGCCGAGCUCAGCAGCUACAGCUACCUGCAGGGCACCUCCGCCGACAGCGGCAUCGACACCACCUCGUACGGCCCCAGCCACGGCAGCACGGCCUCCCUGGGGGCGGCCACCUCGUCGCCGCGCUCGGGGCCGGCCAAGGAGAAGGCGGCCCCGCUGUGGCACAGUUCCAGCGAGGUCAUCUCCAUGGCAGAUCGGACUUUAGAGGCAGAGAGCCACGGCAUGGACCGCAAAGCCGAGUCCUCCCUGAGCUUGGACGUCCACACCAAGAGCCCGGCCGGCUCAAGCCCUCUGACCAGGGAGAACCCCACGUUCAGUAUCAGUGAUGCUGCUUCCCACACCAGUACCAUGAGCUCGAGACACUCUGCCAGCCCGGUGGUCUUCACCAGUGCCAGAAGUUCACCGAAGGAGGAACUUCACCCGGCCGCCCCCUCGCAGCUCACUCCUUCCUUCUCCUCCUCUUCGUCCUCCUCCUCUGGUCCUCGGACUUUCUACCCCCGCCAGGGCGCUACCAGCAAGUACCUGAUUGGAUGGAAGAAACCCGAAGGAACCAUAAACUCCGUGGGAUUUAUGGACACGAGAAAGCGUCAUCAGAGUGACAGCAAUGAAAUAGCCCACCCCAGGCUGCGUGCCUCCACCAGGGACCUCCGGGCAUCCCCAAAGCCAACCUCCAAGUCCACCAUUGAGGAGGAUCUCAAGAAGCUCAUUGACCUGGAAAGCCCAACCCCUGAAUCCCAGAAGAAUUUUAAGUUCCACGCACUCUCCUCUCCUCAGUCCCCCUUUCCCACCACCCCCACGUCAAGGCGGGCCUUGCACAGAACGCUGUCCGACGAGAGCAUCUACAGCGGCCAGAGGGAGCACUUUUUCACCUCGAGGGCUUCGCUUCUGGACCAAGCCCUGCCCAACGACGUCCUCUUCAGUAGCACGUACCCUUCCCUCCCCACAUCUCUUCCUUUGCGGAGGCCUUCAUACACCCUGGGAAUGAAGUCCUUGCACGGAGAGUUCUCGGCCUCGGACAGCUCCCUCACUGAUGUCCAGGAGACCCGCAGGCCGCCCAUGCCCGACCCCGGCCUGAUGCCCCUGCCCGACGCUGCUGCGGACUUGGAUUGGUCCAACCUGGUGGACGCCGCCAAGGCCUACGAGGUCCAGAGAGCCUCGUUCUUUGCUGCUAGUGAUGAAAACCAUCGGCCUCUGAGUGCUGCAUCCAACAGUGACCAGCUUGAGGACCAGGCCCUUGUCCAGAUGAAAUCAUACAGCAGGUUAGUCACCCGUAAAGAUUCCUCUCCCACUCUGGCUUCUAAAGUGGACCAGCUGGAAGGUAUGCUGAAGAUGCUUCGAGAAGACCUGAAGAAGGAAAAAGAAGACAAAGCUCACCUUCAGGCGGAGGUUCAGCACUUGCGGGAGGACAACCUGAGGCUGCAGGAGGAGUCCCAGAAUGCCUCCGACAAGCUGAAGAAGUUCACAGAGUGGGUCUUCAACACCAUCGACAUGAGCUAG